CCGCCCACUGUGGUGAUCCGUUUUUCUAGUUUUACGUCGUCACGGUAUCGUAUCAACUCUGUUUAAUUUUUCGUACGUUAAAUUGUUGUUUUAAACAACGUUUGUGUUGUUGUGAGCCAUUUUUCUUUUUAGUUUUUUUUUCUUGUGAUUUGUGUUUAAACGAAAAGGCCUCACCACGAAUUACCUAUCGUUUUCCUCGUCGCGGCGAUCAACUGUAGUCGCAACAAGUGGUGGCAAAACGCCGGCCGUCAGCACCACCGCAUUGGCCACUUCAGCAGGAUCUGCCUCUGCGUCGUCAAGUGUCUCUUCAUCCUCAUCGGCGCUUGGUUUAUUGAGUUCGAGCUUUGUGGGCAGCUUCUCGAAUCCUUUCAGCAGCAACAGCAGCAAUAGUGGGGGUAGUACUAGCAACAACAAUAGCAACAAUUUUAGUAAUAGUAGCAACAACACUGCCUACGCAACCACAACCGAACCCGCAAUAGUAACUCUAAACGUUGCAACAUUGCCACCCGCAUCUUACAGUAAAAAACAACAGACACAGACUCAGCAACAGCUCCAACAAUAUCGCUCUAUUUCAACAUCUGCGUCUACAUCAACUACUGCCGGUACUUACUUUCAGAGCAAUCCAAACAGUGGUGGUGGCAGCAGCAGCAGCAACAACAGUGGUCGCACAAUGGCUGCUAGUGGCACACCUGCACCGACCGGCAGCAGCACAGCAGCCGUACUCGGCACCUCGCCCACAUACGAACCGCUUGGCGGUGGUCCGCACGCCACCAUCGUGAAAGAAGGUUGGCUACAGAAGCGUGGCGAACACAUAAAAACCUGGCGUUCACGUUAUUUCAUAUUGCGCGACGAUGGCACUUUGAUGGGCUAUAAAAGCCCGCCGGUGAAUAAUGCACCCGCUGAUCCAUUGAAUAAUUUCACAGUACGCGGCUGUCAAAUUAUGACAGUCGAUCGUCCAAAACCAUUCACAUUUAUUAUACGCGGCCUGCAAUGGACGAACGUUAUCGAGCGAACAUUUUGUGUGGAAAAAGAGAUCGAAAGGCAACAGUGGACCGAUGCUAUCAGAAACGUCGCGAGUCGCUUGAGUGAAUUGGGCGAAACGGCCAUGUCACCAUCGACUUCAACAGACAUGUCUGACGUGGAUAUGGCAUCUAUUGCCGAAGUGGAACUACGUAAUAGUUUUUCCGUGCAGGGCACAACGAAGCGCAACAGUGGUGGCGUUAAGAAAGUCACACUUGAAAAUUUCGAGUUCUUAAAAGUUUUGGGCAAAGGCACUUUCGGCAAAGUGAUUCUGUGUCGUGAAAAGGCCACCGCAAAGCUGUACGCAAUUAAAAUUCUCAAAAAGGAGGUAAUCAUACAAAAGGAUGAAAUCGCGCACACAAUCACAGAAAGUCGUGUGCUACAAACUACGAAUCACCCUUUCCUAAUUUCGCUUAAAUAUUCAUUUCAAACCAACGAUCGUCUCUGCUUUGUGAUGCAAUACGUGAAUGGCGGUGAACUCUUCUUUCACCUGAGCCGUGAACGCCUCUUCACCGAGGAUCGUACGCGAUUUUAUGGUGCCGAAAUAAUUUCUGCUUUGGGCUACCUACACUCUCAGGGCAUUAUAUAUCGUGAUUUAAAAUUGGAAAAUCUAUUGUUGGACAAAGAUGGUCACAUUAAGAUUGCCGACUUUGGGCUGUGUAAAGAGGAUAUCACCUAUGGCCGUACUACGAAGACGUUCUGCGGUACGCCCGAAUAUCUGGCGCCUGAAGUAUUAGAGGACAACGAUUAUGGGCAUGCGGUCGAUUGGUGGGGUACUGGUGUCGUCAUGUAUGAGAUGAUAUGUGGACGUCUUCCUUUCUUUAAUCAAGAUCAUGAUGUACUAUUCACACUUAUCUUAAUGGAGGAGGUGAGAUUCCCUCGCACAAUAUCGGAUGAGGCGCGCAGUUUACUUGCCGGCCUAUUGGCUAAGGAUCCACGCCAGCGUCUUGGUGGUGGCCAGGAUGAUGUCAAAGAAAUACAAGCGCAUCCUUUCUUUGCGAGUAUUAAUUGGACGGAUUUAGUGAAUAAGAGGAUAACGCCGCCUUUUAAGCCACAAGUGGUAUCCGACACAGAUACACGCUAUUUCGAUACAGAGUUUACCGGUGAAAGUGUGGAAUUGACGCCGCCAGAUCCUGCUGGCACAUUAGGUUCGAUAGCAGAAGAGCCACUUUUCCCGCAGUUCAGCUACCAGGAUAUGGCAUCCACAUUAGGUAAUUCAUCGCACAUCAGCAGCUCGGCUGGUCUUGCAUCGAUGCAAUAGAAUCGAAUAAAAUGCGAGUGACGUCGUUGCCAAUGGCUGCGUCGUCACCAAUAUACAAUAGAUCGUCCUUAUGAUCAUUACUGCCAUCAUCGUCAUCAGCAACAUUGUCAUUGUUAUUGUGAUAAACGGCAACAACAACAACAUUCACAACAACUGAAAAAGCAACAAAAACAACACAAUAAACUAAAGCAGCAGCAGAAGUCGCCGCAGCCGCAGCCGCAGCCGCAUUCCCAACGCAAACUGCAAAUAUUCAAAAUGUGGCAGCCACAGUCACCACAACAGCGCACACAACGCUUGCAUGCUGCUGCACAACUGCAAUUUAUUAACAGCUAUAUAUUUUUAGUGUUGCAUGCAAAACUGUUAAGAUUCCAUAGGCUGCAGCUUACUACGUCUGGCUCGCAUCUCACGCUUGCGGCAUGUUAAGCGGCACGGCACGGCUGCUGCCUUCGCUGCUGCGGUAAGCGAUUAUAAACCACAACUUGGUAGAUGAGGCGGCGUAGAAGUUAGUUGUUUAGAUAUAAGCACAGUGAUUUGUGUCCCAAGCACCGGCGGUGACUGCAGCUAUUCAGUGUGAAACUCAAUCAGCGGGAGCCUUAGUUGCUGCGACAGCCGAGUGAACAACUACACAACAGCAGAGCAGCAGCACAGCGAUGGCAGUAGUGGACGUAUGGGCGCGUUAAGCCGCCUCUUUAGCAGCAGCAGCAGCAAAAACAACAACAACAGCGCAGCAGCAGCAGCAACAUGUUUUGCAGCAUAAACAAAAAUAUAUUUAAAAGAAAAUUAAAGUAAUAAUAAUUAAAGUUAAUAAAAGUUAAAACUGCUAAAAUAGAUACAUAUAAAUACAUAUACAAAUAAAAAAAUAAAUACAUACAUUUAGUGAAGAGCAACAUUUACUGCUACAACUACCAAUUAUAUUUAGUACAUAUUGCAACCUACAACAACUACUAUUAACUAAAAAUAAUUGAGAAAAUGGCAAGAAAUAAACUAAAUAAACGUAAUUUAUUUUUUACACUACAGUUACAAUUGCAAUUACAAUAAUAUUAAAAUGAAAAGCAAAAAACAAAAAUCAAGCAUAAACAAAGGCAACAACAGAAAACAUUACGAAAACAUAAUAAGUACUACAAUUACAUACAUAAAUAUGAAAAUUAAAAAAAAAGAAAUAAUAACUGCGAAAUGGUUAAAGUCAGUCAUAAACAAAUUACUAUAUAUUAUAAAUAAAAAAGGAAAUAAAAUUAGUUAAUUUAAAGUCUCUUUUUUCUGCUUUACUGCUCUAAUUUCUGUUAAUGAUGCAACUAAUGUACAACAAAAACAAAACAAACAAAAAGCUUGAAACUUUAUGCGCGUUUUUUUUUUAGUUUUCAUAUAGAUUUUUUUGUGUAAAAACUUGCUUGUAAACAAUUUCGUUUCAAAUUCAUUUUAUGUUUAAUGGUACUGUGCUGUGCGCUUUAAAAUCAACCUCUUUCUUUUUUUGUGUGUGUUUCCGACAUUUACAUGUUCCGUUAGUAUAUACUUAAAUAUUUAAGACUUUCGUGAAUUCACAACACAAAAUACAUACAUAUAUAGUUACAGUUAUAAGCAGUUAUGAAUGUGAAAUAUAUACAGCCGCAGUCAAUAGAAAUUCAUGCAUUAAAAUAUUUGAAAAUUUAUUAUGAAACUUUGUAACCUAAAAUAAAGCAAACUUUAAAGUGCUACAGUAAGUUAAAAUACAUACAAUACAUUUAUACAGUAACAAAAUAAACAAAAAAAAAAAAUACAAAACCACUUUAGUAAAAAUGAUGUACAAAAAACAGCGAAAAAAAUUAUAAUUUAAAUAAUAACAUACCUACAUACCACAUAAAUACAUAUAAAUAUCAAAAAGUAAAGUUAAUAGGUUCUAAAUUGUGUAUUUUGUUUGAGAAAAAUGCUAUAAUAAAAAGUGAAAAAAAAAACUCGAAAAAACAUUGUAAAUGUUUAAGUGUACAAAGUUGUAAAUGUCCGUUAGUCUUCUGUUUGUUGUUUUGCGUUCUCUUUUCUCCUUUGUUUUAGUAGUGACACCUUACACACUUUUUCCCUAUUGCCGAAUUUGUGUCCAGUCUACACGAAAUUCUAAUUAAAAAUUUGGUCACUCAAUGACAACAGUUGUGACAGCAUGAUGUUUUUUUUUUAAAUUUAUAAACCAAUAAAUUUUUUUAGUCGAUUAUGGUCCAUAGUUGAACUGGAACGCCACUGAAAUGUAAUGCUGUGGAGUUGGAGAUAAUAGAAGCUUUCUCAAUAAAAAUUUCCCCGGCUCAAAAAAAAAAA